AUGGGACGAGCUCGAAGGAAUCAACGAGAUGCCAUUCGGAAGCAACGGGCAAAGAGGAGAAGGAAAAAAGGCGAGGAUCAUGACGAUGAGGAUGACUCGGAUCAUGGAAAUGAUGAUGUUUCUGAUGUUCUUCUUCCGGCAAUAAGAACGACAAGUCGAAGUCGAAAGAGCAUUAUUGCUGCUGGUACGGGUGCAGAUACUACUACUACUACUACUAAUACUACUAAUACUACUACUACUACUAAGGAAGAAAAGAAGUCGAACAAUGAUGAACAUGGGAUGGAUGGGGAAACAGAGACGAAAUCGCCAUUGGAACGAAACGGAAACGAACAACAAAUUAAUGAGAAAGAAGAACAAGACUCCAAUAAGGUGCCCUCCUCGACGUCAAUCACCAAAUGUGGAGCUACUAGCACGAUUGCCAAAAAGAAGGCGCCGAUGGACAAGAUUGAACGUAUGAGACUCAAGAAACAACAGCAAAAAGCACGGCGCAAAGAAAAAAAGGAGGCCAAAAUGAAGCUGCUGCAAUCGUGA